AUGGGAGCCACGAUGAACCAGGACAUGGCGGAUUACUACUUCCUCUCGGGGCAGCCUGUUGGAUACAGUGGCAACUUCUUCAUCAAGACGGAGCAGUGCCAGGACCAGGAGUCCCUCUUCAACCUGAUGUCGGGGAUCCUUGGCCUUUCUCCGUUCCCCGCUCCAGAAGCCCACCAGAGGCCGGUGGAGGCCAGCUACAGCCUCCCCGAGGCCAUGCAGAGCCAGCUGGACCUUUAUCCUGCCAGCCACCCUGAACUGAACGUCUCUGUGCCGCCAUCUUUAGCCGAGCAGGGCUACCCGGCCUUCUCCAGCGCCAACAGCCUCCCACAGGUCCAAAUGUCCCCUGAAGUGGGAAGUUCCUCCCAGUGUCUGUUUAAUGAAAAGCUUUUGGACAGCAAGCAAGACGUUAAGCUGUCCUCCCUCUCCCCGUCUCUGGACAAGUUCAAAGCUCCUUGUUCCCACUGGGAGCCCCUUGGCCAACCACAGAGCUUCCUGCCCCCUGAAUACCCGCCUUCCGAGACCUUUCACCCUAUCGAGACAAGCCAGACCAUGUUUCCCCAGCUGGGGGUGAAAACAGAGAACGUGCUGUCCGUCAGCUGCCAGUCAGAGCUCAGUGGCCUCCCAGAACAGCCGGGGUCCUUUGGACACAGUCUGGAUUUCAGCUGCCAGCCAGAUCCCUUCCCCAGCCACAGCCAACUCCACAGUGACUUUGUCGAGGCGAAGAUCCCCAACCUCCCAGUUCAGCUCAUCCAGGAAUUCGAAUCCACCCUGCCCCAGCCUGAAGUCAUGCCAGGGCUGAUGAAUCCCGCUGACCAGAAGGUCCCUAGCAACGACUCCCCCUCAUCCCUGGGCAUGACAGACUUCUUGGCCUCGGCCCCCAGUGCCUCCGGCGGUGCUGUAACGCCGGGCAGGACUUCAGCCAUCCCACGCACAGAGCCAAGGAAGAAGUCCCGCCGGGGAAAAUGCUCCUCCAAGUGCUUCUGCCCCAAGCCCCACGAGAAGGCCUUCGCCUGCCCGGUGCAGAGCUGCAUCAGGAGAUUCGCUCGGUCCGACGAGCUCAACCGGCACCUGCGGAUCCACACCGGGCACAAGCCCUUCCAGUGCCGGAUCUGCCUGCGCAACUUCAGCCGCAGCGACCACCUGACCACGCACAUCCGGACCCACACGGGGGAGAAGCCCUUUUCCUGCGAUGAUUGUGGCCGCAGGUUUGCCCGGAGCGAUGAAAAGAAGCGGCACAGUAAGGUCCACCUGAAGCAGAAAGCCAGGGCAGAGGAGAAGCUGAAGGGCCUCGGGUUCUACACGGUGGGCCUCUCCUACGGGACUCUCUAG